AUGGAUCUCAUGGAGAUCGUUUUUGGGAUCUUGAUCCUACUGGUGAUCAACUUCGGGAUUUUAGGGAAUGUGUUCCUCCUUCUGGGUUACGUCUACCUGGUCUCUGCCAACGAAAAGACAAAGUCCUCAAAUCUAAUCCUUGCCCACGUGGCCGUGGCCAACACCAUGACCUUUCUGGCCAAGGACAUCCCAGACAUCCUGUCAGCCUGGGGACUGAGAUAUUUCUUGAGUGACGUUGGUUGUAAAACCCUCCUUUACCUGUACAGACUGUCCCGAGGCCUGACCACCUUCACCACCUGCCUCCUGAGCAUCUUCCAGGCCCUCACCAUCAGUCCCACCAGCUCCCAGGGGACAGGACGUAAAGCUAAAUUACCCAAGUGUAUCACCCCAACUUGUCUUCUCUCCUGGAUCCUCAAUAUGCUAGUGGAUGUUGCUACACCCAUACUCGUGACAGGUCUGCAGAACAGCACAAGUAGGCAAACUGUCAACAUUCUGAAAUAUUGUUCCUCCACUAACAUUAGUGCAAUAACCACCCUGGUCAAUGCAAUCUUGCUCUCCUUUCGGGAUCUGCACCACAGGCAGGUCCAGCACCUUCGUGGAUCUGGCCACUCCUCCAGGGAGAUGCCCGAGGUCAGAGCAGCCAGAUAUGUUCUUGCCCUAGUGACCCUCUACAUCCUUCUGUAUGUGCGUGAGACCAUCAUCCUAGGUGUUUUAAUCAACAUUAGGAAAACUUUGCCUCUACUUCUGACCACACAUAUGAUUUUGACAUUCUCCUUCUCAGCUCCUAUACCUCAUUCUUCUGUGCUGGAAGAUCUUGUCAAAAGACCUUUCUGCAAAUAA